AUACUUGGAGUGGUGUGAGAGACACGCGCGCGGUCCGCGGAGGCUUGCAUUGCGGACCAAAGCGUGAGCAUAAACAAAGCUUCAAGCAGUGCGGCGACCAUAACUAGGGUGGGGUUCCUUACCAUACGGUCGUGUCAGUUGUGGAGAUCAGAUUGAUUUACUUCUGCAGCUCCAUCAUGGGUCAAACACAAACAUCAACAGAUGGAGAUUUUUCUGCAGAAUGCAGUUCAGAUCAUCAGAAGAGAUCAGAUCCAGAGUUCAGCUGUGUGUCUAUGAAGAGUGAUGCGUCUAUGGAACAUCCUGAAACCACCUUUAAGAUUGGAGAUACAAUGCCUGCUGUCAGUUCAGAUCAUCAGAAGAGAUCAGAUCCAGAGUUCAGCUGUGUGUCUAUGAAGAGUGAUGCGUCUAUGGAACAUCCUGAAACCACCUUUAAGAUUGGAGAUACAAUGCCUGCUGUCAGUUCAGAUCUUCAGAAGAGAUCAGAUCCAGAGUUCAGCUGUGUGUCUAUGAAGAGUGACGCGUCUAUGGAACGUCCUAAAACCAACUUUAAGAUUGGAGAUACAAUGCCUGCUGUCAGCCAUGAUGGUAAUCCUGCUGAAGUCCUGAACACAUUCAAAUCAUAUCUGAGAGAUAAGUUUGAGUGUUUAUGUGAGGGAAUAUCAAAGCAGGGAAAACACCCAACACCACUGAAUGAGAUCUACACAGAGCUCUACAUCACAGAGAGUGUAAGUGGAGAAAUCAGUAAUGAACAUGAGGUGAGACAGAUUGAGACACAAUCCAGAAGAACAACAACAGAGGAGACACCAAUCAAAUGUAAUGACAUCUUUAAACCUUUACCUGAACAAGACAAACACAUCAGAAGUGUGAUGACAAAGGGAGUCGCUGGCAUUGGAAAAACAGUCUCUGUACAGAAGUUCAUUCUGGACUGGGCUGAAGAGAAAGAGAAUCAGGACGUCCACCUCAUAUUUCCACUUCCUUUCAGAGAGAUCAAUUUGAUGAAGGACAAAACCCUCAGUUUUUUAGAUCUUCUUAAUCUUUUCUUCCCAGAGACAAAAGAAAUGGAAAUCUUCAGUGAUGAAUAUAAAGUGUUGUUCAUCUUUGAUGGUUUGGAUGAGUGUCGUCUGUCUCUGGAUUUUCACAGCAGUGUGAGGUUGUGUGAUGUAAGUGAAUCAACCUCAGUAGACGUGAUGCUGACAAACCUCAUCAAGGGGAAUCUGUUUCCCUCUUCUCUCAUCUGGAUCACCUCCAGACCAGCAGCAGCUGAUCUCAUCCCCUCUGAGUGUGUUGAUCGAGUCACAGAGGUACGAGGCUUCAGUGAUCCACAGAAGGAGGAAUACUUCAGGAAGAGAAUCAGUGAUGAGAGUCUGUCUGAUCAAAUCAUCUCACACCUGAAGUCAUCCAGGAGUCUCUACAUCAUGUGUCACAUCCCAGUCUUCUGCUGGAUUUCAGUCACUGUUCUAGAGAGAAUAUUGAGUGAAGCAGAGAGAAGAGAGAUCCCCAAGACUCUCACUCAAAUGUACACACACUUCCUGAUCAUUCAGACAAACAUCAAACAUCAGAAGGACUAUGAGAAUAAAGUGAAAGAUGAAGACAUGAUCUUCAAACUUGGGAAACUGGCCUAUGGGCAGCUUGUGAAAGGCAAUCUGAUCUUCUAUGAUGAAGACCUGAGAGAGUGUGGCAUUGAUGUAGCAGAAGCAUCAGUGUACUCAGGAUUGUGUACUCAGAUCUUCAGAGAAGAGUUUGGUUUGUAUCAGGGGAAAGUUUACUGCUUUAUUCAUCUGAGCAUCCAGGAACAUCUAGCAGCUCUAUAUGUGCAUCUCUCUGUUAUAAACACACAGCUGCUCGCUGACAACAUUUUGCAGUUUAAUUUAUCUAACUUGCACCAGAAUGCUGUGGAUGAGGCUCUACAUAGUAAAAAUGGACAUCUGGAUCUUUUUCUUCGUUUUCUUCUGGGUUUGUCAGUGGAGUCGAAUCAGAAUCUCAUACGAGGUCUGAUGACACAGACAGAUCACAGCUCUCAUAUAAGUCAGAAAACAAUCAAAUACAUCAAACAGAAGCUCGGUGAGGAUCUUUCACCAGAGAAAUUCAUCAAUCUGUUUCACUGUCUGAAUGAACUGGGUGAUCGUUCACUAGUGGAGGAAAUUCAACAAUAUCUGAAAUCUGGGACAUUAAGAGAAACUGAACUCUCUUCAUCUCAAUGGUCAGCUGUAGCGUUUGUGUUGUUGACAUCAGAACAGAAGCUGGAUGAGUUCAAUCUGAAGGAGUUUCUUGAUGAUGUAAAUAAAGAUGAACCACUGAAAGUUCUUCAGAAGUUGUCGCCUGUGAUUUGUGAAUCCAGAUCAGUUCAGUUGAGUUAUUGUAAUAUCACAGAUGAAGGUUGUGUUGCUCUGUCUUCAGCUCUGAGAUCAAACCCAUCACACCUGAGAAUUCUGGAUCUGACCAGUAAUAAUCUCAGAGAUUCAGGAGUGAAGCUGAUCUCUGAUGUACUGAAGAAUCCUGACUGUAAACUGGAGAUACUGAGGUUGAGGGCUUGUAAUGUCACAGAUGAAGGUUGUGCUGCUCUGUCUUCAGCUCUAAGAUCAAACCCAUCACACCUGAGAGAACUGGAGCUGUCUGGGAAUAAACUCACAGAUUCAGGAGUGAAGCUGCUUUCUGAUGUACUGAAGAAUCCUCAAUGUAAACUGGAGAUACUGGGGUUGACUGAAUGUAUUAUCACAGAUGAAGGUUGUGCAGCUCUGACUUCAGCUCUAAGAUCAAACCCAUCACAUCUGAGAGAUCUGAAUCUGUCUGGGAAUAAAUUUGGAGAUUCAGGAGUGAAGCUGAUCUCUGAUGUACUGAAAAAUCCUCAAUGUAAGCUGCAGAUACUGAGGUUGAAUGAUUGUAAUAUCACAGCUAAAGGUUGUCAUGCUCUGACUUCAGCUUUGAGAUCAAACCCAUCACACCUAAUACAUCUGGAACUAAUUGGAAAUAAUCUUGGAGAUUCAGGAGUGAAGGUGUUCUCUGAUGUACUGAAGAAUCCUCAAUGUAUACUAAAUAAACUGUGGUUGGGUAGAUGUAAUAUCACAGCUGAAGGUUGUGUUGCUCUGUCUUCAGCUUUGAGAUCAAAUUCAUCACAUCUGAGAGAGCUGCAUCUGUCAGCGAAUACAUUUGGAGAUUCAGGAGUAAAGCGGAUCUGUGAUGGACUGGAGAAUCCUGACUGUAAACUGGAGAUACUGGAGUUGUGGGGUUGUAAUAUCACAGAUAAAGGUUGUGUUGCUCUGUCUUCAGCUCUGAGAUCAAACCCAUCAUACCUGAGUGAUCUGGAUCUGUCUGGGAAUAAUUUUGGAAAUGCAGGGCUGAAGCUGAUCUCUGAUGUACUGAAGAAUCCCAACUGUAAACUGAACAAACUGAAGUUAAGUUGGUGUAAUAUCACAGAUAAAGGUUGUGUUGCUCUGACUUCAGCUCUGAGAUCAAACCCAUCACACCUGACACAUCUGGAUCUGUGUGGGAAUAAACUUGGAGAUUCAGGAGUGAAGCUGAUCUCUGAUGUACUGAAGAAUCCUCAAUGUGAAUUAAUGAUGCUGAGGUUGAGUGAUUGUAAUAUCACACCUGAAGGUUGUGUUGCUCUGUCUUCAGCUCUGACAUCAAACCCAUCACACCUGAGAAAUUUGGAUCUGUCUGGGAAUAAAUUGGGAGAUUCAGGAGAAAAGCUGAUCUCUGAUGUACUGAGGAAUCCUCAAUGUAAAUUGAAAAUUUUGUGGUAAGGUUUAGGUAGGCCUAGAUCCUGGUGCCUGACAGAUAUGUCGCCUCUGCACUCUGACUGACUGACAGCCUCCAUUUCACUGCUAUGAAGAACACACACAGGAUGGCAUGCCUUUAACCCAGUCUUCACUACAUUGUUAUAGUAUCGUUGUUUGUUGUUUACUGUAUGUGGCAAUAUCUAUGUUUUGUAUUUGAUGUACAUUAGGUAUUUGUUCUUAUUCUUGUUCUUAUUGUUGUUAUAAUAUAUAUAUUUACAUUUUAAUACGGCUAUAUAUGAUAUUCAACUGUAAAUGAACUGAUUACUUGAACUAUCUGUUUGUUCUGCCAAAAAAGUCUGUAAAAACAGUGA